UUUUUUUUUUUGAUCCGCACUGGCGGGCUAGUUAAAAAGACUUUCCUAGUUGUUACCCGCAGCCACUCAUCAUUCUCCUCUCAAGAACGUACAGAACCCUACAUAUCAACUGACUACCCUGUUUCUCUCUCUUCGUCAACAAUGGCAGCCACCGCUGCAAACACCUCCCUCUCCUCCUCCAUUAUCACCAAACCCAAAAGCCCUUUUCCCAGAUUUACCCUCCCCAUUCCCUCUAAUACCCAUCCACCCUCCACCGCCCUCCUCCUCCGCCGCCGCCGCCCCCUCCACAUCACCAACGUCCUCUCCAACCCCAAACCCACCCCCACCCCCACCCCCACCAUUACCGCUUCAACAUUCGUUUCCCGAUUCGCCCCUGACCAGCCCAGAAAGGGCAGCGACGUCCUCGUGGAGGCCCUCGAGCGCGAAGGCGUCAAAGAUGUCUUCGCCUACCCCGGCGGCGCCUCGAUGGAGAUCCACCAGGCCCUCACGCGCUCCCAAAUCAUCCGCAACUUCCUCCCCCGCCACGAGCAGGGCGGGAUCUUCGCCGCCGAGGGCUACGCACGCGCCUCUGGCCUCCCCGGCGUCUGCAUCGCCACCUCCGGCCCCGGCGCCACCAACCUCGUCUCCGGCCUCGCCGACGCCAUGCUUGACUCCGUCCCCCUCGUCGCCAUCACCGGCCAGGUCCCCAGGAGAAUGAUCGGCACAGACGCUUUCCAAGAAACCCCAAUUGUUGAGGUAACUAGGUCAAUCACCAAGCACAAUUACCUUGUUCUAGAUGUAGAGGAUAUACCUCGUAUUGUUAAAGAAGCGUUCUUUUUAGCUUGUUCCGGCCGGCCUGGCCCGGUUUUGAUUGAUGUGCCUAAGGAUAUACAGCAACAGUUAGUGGUGCCCAAUUGGGAUCAACCCAUGAAAUUACCUGGGUACGUGGUUAGAUUGCCUAAAGAGCCUUUAGAUAGUCAUUUGGAACAAAUUGUUAGGCUUGUAUCAGAGUCGAAGAAGCCGGUUUUGUAUACGGGUGGUGGGUGUUUGAAUUCGAGUGAGGAAUUGAGGAGGUUUGUUGAGCUUACGGGAAUUCCGGUCACGAGUACUUUGAUGGGUCUCGGGGCGUACCCGGUUUCGGAUGAUAUGUCUCUUGGAAUGCUUGGGAUGCAUGGUACUGUUUACGCGAAUUAUGCGGUUGAUAGCAGUGAUUUGUUGCUUGCUUUUGGGGUUAGGUUUGAUGACCGUGUGACCGGAAAGCUUGAAGCUUUUGCUAGCCGAGCUAAGAUUGUUCACAUUGAUAUUGAUUCGGCUGAGAUAGGGAAGAAUAAGCAACCCCAUGUGUCGGUUUGCGCGGAUGUGAAAUUUGCUUUGAGAGGUCUGAAUAAGGUUUUGGAGGGUAAAAGAGGUAAGCUUGAUUUUUCUGCUUGGAGGAAGGAGUUGAAGGAGCAAAAAAUGCUGCACCCGUUGACCUUUAAGACUUUUGGAGAUGCUAUUCCACCACAGUAUGCAAUUCAGGUUCUUGACGAGUUAACGAAUGGGAAUGCGAUCAUAAGUACUGGUGUUGGGCAGCAUCAGAUGUGGGCUGCUCAACAUUACAAGUACAAUAGGCCAAGGCAGUGGCUUACUUCUGGUGGAUUGGGGGCCAUGGGUUUUGGAUUGCCUGCUGCAAUGGGAGCCGCUGUUGCUAGACCUGAUUCAGUUGUUGUGGACAUUGAUGGCGAUGGGAGUUUUAUUAUGAAUGUCCAAGAGUUGGCAACAAUCCGGGUGGAGAAUUUGCCUGUUAAGAUAAUGGUGUUGAAUAAUCAGCAUUUGGGUAUGGUUGUUCAAUGGGAGGAUCGCUUUUACGGUGCUAAUAGGGCCCAUACGUACUUGGGUAACCCGUCGGAUGAGUCAAAAAUAUUCCCAAAUAUGUUGAAGUUUGCGGAAGCUUGUGAGAUUCCUUCUGCUCGGGUGAUGAAGAAGGAAGAUCUUAGGGCUGCCAUUCAGAAGAUGUUGGAUACCCCUGGCCCCUAUUUGUUGGAUGUUAUUGUACCACAUCAAGAGCACGUCUUGCCUAUGAUCCCUAGUGGUGGAGCAUUCAAAGACAUGAUUACUGAGGGCGAUGGGAGAUCAAAAUAUUGAGCAGCUAAACCAGCAAAUCUCCUUCCCGGUUUUGUAUUUAGCUACUCUAGGUUUAGCAAAAUGGUGUGACCUUGGGUUAUUUAAUUCCGUGGUAUAAGGUAUUGUGUUGUUUGUUUCCCAUUUAGUUGUAGACUUGUAGUGUUUCCUUUAAAGUCGUCUGUUGUUUUGACACCCCAGCUGUUCCUUUAUUGUUAAUUUCAAUCAUCUUGCUUAUUUAAAGAAGCUUAUGUUAUUCAGCA